CAGCUUUUUGGAACAAUAUGGCCCAAGAACUGAAUAGUGUUGGUCCGCCUAUCAAGGAUAUUUCCAGCUGGAAGAAGGUAUGGCUUGACUGGAAGGCCUAUAUAAAAAGGAAAUUAGUUGAAAAUAAAAAGGAGCAGUCAGCUACUGGUGGCGGCAGAAAUAGGAAGCACCAUUUCAAUGAAUUGGAGGAAGCGGUGAUCACACUAACGGCAUUGCAAACAAGCACAAGUGGUAUUGAGAAUACAGUGAGCAUCGGCUUACCUAUUGUAGCCGCCGUGGGCAAUGAGACAGAGGCUGACGUAUCAAUACCAUCAGUGACCUGCAGUCCAGCACUGCCUAGACGUACUACUAGGCCACCGGAAAAAUCUACAGCCGAUUUAAUUAAAGAGCAAUUUAAUAUUCAAAAAGAAUUUCAAGAAAAGAUUAUUGAUAAGUUGGACGAUCUCUCUUUACGUAUGCGACGAGUAGGCAGAGCAUUUCGUCCACAUCGAAAGGGUUGCACUUGUCCCUCAGUGAUUUUCGGUGAAUUUUUAGAUCACGCCGACUUCUCUCACGUUAUUCCUCAAGCAACAUAA